AACACGAGGAACCAGAAACAUGGAAAAUAAAAGACGAGGAUCCAGAAACCUGGAGAAUAAAAGACGAGGAACCAGAAACCUGGAGAAUAAAAGACGAGGAACCAGAAACCUGGAGAAUAAAAGACGAGGAACCAGAAACCUGGAGAAUAAAAGACGAGGAACCAGAAACCUGGAGAAUAAAAGACGAGGAACCAGAAACCCGGAGAAUAAAACACAAGGAACAAGGAGAGCUGAUGGAAGAGAACGAGGAGAGUGAAGAACUGAGUGAAGUGGAGGAGAAACACCAUGACAAACCUGGAGAAAAAACUCAGAGCCGCUGUAAGACUAAAAAUACAUUUUUAAAUACAAGGAGAGUCAAGAAACCUUUCACCUGCAAUCAGUGUGGAAAGAGUUUCACAGCCAAACAAAGUCUUAAACUUCACAUGAGAAUCCACACUGGAGAAAGACCAUUCACAUGUGAUCAGUGUGGAAAGAAUUUCAUGCAAAAAGUAAUCUUAAUGUUCACAUGA